CACACGCAGUUAAAGAACGCUUUUAUUGUGGAGGGCCUCGCCGCGCGGCUUCCGUCGUGCGUCGCGCAGCUUGACGCAGCGGCGGAGCAGCAGCAGCAGCAGCAGCAGCAGGAGGCGGCUGAUCGGGACGAUGCGGCGACGCUGACGGCGGUACCGGCUGAUCUCUCCUCCUCUUCCUCAUCGCGUCCCUCGGCUGUGACGUCACCUCAGUCUCCAGGUGUUAGUCUGCACCCGGCCUGUAUGCAGCCUGUCCAGGGCCCGGCCUAGUUCCUGGUGCUCCUUCUCUCCCACCACCUCCUCCCUCCUUUCCCUCCUCCUCCUCCUCCCCCUCCCUUUCCCCUCCUUCCUCCCCCUUCCAUCCACCCCCUCACAUCCCCCUCCCUCCAGGCCUGUUGUCAGCCAGACCGACUCCCCAGCGUUUAUCCUGGACCGGCGGCCUGUCUGGCUGCCCCCUCACAGGUGGAUGAAUGAAGACCCCAUUCAAGAGCCCAGCGCCCCCCGGCCCCCCCGAGCGGACGGGGGACAUUCAGGCGUUUCUGCAAACAUGAUGAAGAAGAAGAACUCACACAAGAAACAGAGGACCAGUGUUGGUCCCAGUAAGACUCUGGCUCCGCCCAGAAGGAACAUAGUGGGCUGUAGGAUCCAGCACAUCUGGAAGGAGGGCAGUAAGUCGUCCCAGUGGAAGGGGACCGUCCUGGACCAGGUCCCCGUCAACCCGUCCCUCUACCUGAUCAAAUACGACGGCUUCGACUGCAUCUACGGCCUGGAGCUGUACAGCGAUGAGCGGGUGGUGGGGCUGGAGGUGCUGCCCGACAGAGUGGCUCCGGCCCGAGUGAGCGACUCCAUGCUGGCGGAGACGAUGAUCGGCAAAGCGGUGGAGCACAUGUUCGAGACGGAGGACGGGCCGAAGGAGGAGUGGAGGGGGAUGGUGCUGGCCCGGGCCCCCAUCAUGACCGCCUGGUUCUACAUCACCUACGAGAAGGACCCGGUCCUCUACAUGUACCAGCUGCUGGACGACUACAAGGAGGGAGACCUGCGCAUCAUGCCCGACUCCAACGACAGCGUGGCGGCGGAGCGGGAACCCGGCGAGGUGGUGGACAGUCUGGUGGGCAAACAGGUGGAGUACGCCAAAGAGGACGGCGGGAAGCGGUCGGGGAUGGUCAUCCACCAGGUGGAGGCCAAGCCCUCCGUCUACUUCAUCAAGUUCGACGACGACUUCCACAUCUACGUCUACGACCUGGUCAAGACCUCAUAAGACCAGAACGCCCGGUCCAGGACCCCCCCCAGAAAAAAGAGACUCAAUGAGACCUGCUUAGACCCAGAAACCCCCAGUGAAUAAAAACCACAGAUCCACAAACUCUAGCCUGAGACGGAUGAUAUCACUUUUCCUUUAUGAAACGAAGCCCCGCCCCCUCACCAAGACAGGAAGACUACAACCAGGACGGAAAGACUACAACCAAGACAGGAGGACUACAACCAAGACAGUAGGACUACAACCAAGACAGGAGGACUACAACCAAGACAGGAGGACUACAACCAAGACGGAAGACUACAACCAAGACGGAAGACUACAACCAAGUCGGAAAGACUACAACAGGAGGACUACAACCAAGACGGAAAGACUACAACAGGAGGACUACAACCAAGACAGAGAGGACUACAACCAAGACAGGAGGACUACAACCAAGACAGAGAGGACUACAA